GACCGGGGGAUUUUGACACCCAAAAUGACGAACGAGGGAAAAGCCAAGGCGGCCAUGAUUAUCUGCCACGUGGGGUAAACUUACGUAAAAGAUCGGGAUGACGGCGAAAGUCCGAGUCGCAUCAAGCGAGAUUUCCUGCUGUGACGGAGUAACUGACUCUGUAUACAUUCUUUGUCACCAUGCCUAUGCUAACUAAUCCAAUCGAGCGAUACAGUCCGUUCCAGCCUGUGCCGUUUCCCCAACGAACGUGGCCAGACAAGCAGAAUAAAAAAGCCCCAAUAUGGCUCAGUACAGAUCUCCGAGAUGGCAAUCAGAGUCUGGCAAACCCCAUGACAAAUGGGCAAAAGCUACGCUUCUUCCGACAUCUUGUUCAGAUUGGAUUCAAGGAAAUCGAAAUAUCAUAUCCUGCCGCGUCCGACUCGGACUUUGGAUUCUGCCGAGAACUACUGGAAGGGAAUGAGGUGCCAGACGACGUCUGGGUUCAGGUCCUCACACCGGCUAGGGCGGAUCUGAUCAAGACGACAUUCGAGGCGGUGGCCGGUCUGAAGCACGUCAUCAUUCACAUGUACAAUGCUACAUCCUGCCUGUUCCGCGAAGUUGUCUUCAACAACAAUCGUCAGGAGACGAUAGCUCUUGCGGUCGAACAUACUAAGCUUGUGCGAGAACUGGCUGAGAAGUACUCAAAAUCACACGGGACCAGCUUUCGUUAUCAAUAUUCUCCCGAGACAUUCUCCCAGACCGAGACUGAGUAUGCGGUAGAGGUCUGCGAGGCGGUGAAGAAGACAUGGUUCGCAGGGCAGCAGAGCACAUGGGCGGAUGGUCGCGAUGAACAGAGAAUCAUCUUCAAUCUGCCGGCGACUGUGGAGGUUUCCACGCCAAACUGUUUCGCUGAUCAAGUCGAGCUAUUCUGCACUUCGAUCACGCAGAGGGAGAAGUGUAUCAUCAGUCUGCACACGCACAAUGACCGUGGUUGCGCGGUCGCUGCCGCCGAGCUUGGUGUCCUCGCCGGAGCCGACCGAAUAGAGGGCACGGUACUCGGAAACGGAGAGCGGACUGGAAACGUUGAUCUGGUGACUCUGGCUUUGAAUUGCUAUUCUCAAGGUUUCACACCGAAUCUCGACUUCUCCGACAUGUUCUCCGUCAUCGAUACGGUCGUUGAAUGCACGGGCCUGCCUGUACAUCCUCGUCAUCCUUAUGCUGGGGAGCUCGUCUUCACGGCCUUCUCGGGCAGCCAUCAAGAUGCCAUCAAGAAAGGUCUUGAAGCCCAAACGGCCCGCGAGCGCAAGGGUGAAAAGCUCUGGAGCGUGCCGUAUAUUCCGAUCGACCCUGCAGAUGUUGGCUGCACUUACGAGGCCGUGAUUCGAGUCAACUCUCAAUCAGGCAAGGGAGGUAUUGCAUACAUUGUCAAGCAGGCCCUCGCUCUCGACUUGCCUCGUCGGAUGCAAAUCUCGUUUUACCGAGUCAUUCAGGAGCGCUCUGAAUCUACUGGCAAGGAGAUCACUUCCAAGGACAUCACGACAGCUUUCCGCCAGACCUAUUUCCUCGGAGGAUCCAUCUAUGAAGGCCGUCUAGUCCUCAAGUCCUUCUCUAAUCUCGACCUCUCCGCCUCGUCCUCCAGGCUGGCAACCCCAGAGAUGAGCCCAUCCUCUGGUCGUGGUCUUCAACGCAUACAACAGCUCAGUCUGACAAAUGCCGAGUCUAGUCCGGAUCGCGCAACCAACGAAAACCUUCAAAAAGCUCCUCGUCGACUGCGCGCCAAGAUCAAUGUGGAUGGAAAACUCCGAGACGUCACUGGAGAAGGAAACGGUCCUCUGUCCUCAUUUCUCGACGCCCUUCAGGGAGACCUCGGCAUCUCGCUCUCCAUUCGCGAAUACAGUGAACACUCUGUCGGUGUCGGUUCAGACGUCAAGGCCGCUACCUAUGUAGAACUCUUACCGCCAAAUGCGGAUCCCAAAGACAAGGCCAGAGGUGGAUUUUGGGGUGUCGGUGUGGACGCCGAUAUCACCGCUAGUGGUCUCAAAGCUGUUGUCAGUGCUACGAACGGUUAUCUUGUCGCACACAAUGUGGAAAUUGCCGAAGUGUAGCAUCGUGAUUGCAUGAAAAUAGCU